CGCUCGCUCACAAUCUACUUUAUUACUUGACUAAUCUUCCGUUCAACAAUUACUCGCUUGGCGAGAGUCGAUCGUCUAAAACACUAACAUAUUGAUUUAAAUACGGCACGUUCGCGUGGUCGUGGCUCUUUGUUGCGCGCCGGAGGCCGAGCGUAGCCCUGGCGUCUAGUUUUAUUGUUGCUACUUAGCGGGAACGCAAACAGCGCAAGCUUUACUCUGAUGAGUGGGCCCUCGGUGAUGAUGAAGCUGAAGGAGGGAGGGGGUUCUCCCUCGCUGACAAACUGGAGAGCCCACGCUUUGAACACUCUGGUGCAGUCCUCGAGAUGAAUGGAACUGAAAUCACAGUGUCAUAUCUGCAGAAAAAUGGAUUUACUACUCCUUUGCUGUUCAAAGAAAAACUUGGACUUGGAUUAAGGGUGCCGACCAGCAACUUCACCGUGAACGACGUGCGCAUGUGCGUCGGCUCGCGGCGUCUCCUCGACGUCAUGGACGUCAACACGCAGAAAAAUAUCGAGAUGACUAUGAAGGACUGGCAGCGUUACUACGACGAUCCCAACAAAGAGCGUCUGUUGAACGUGAUAUCACUGGAGUUCUCGCACACGCGUCUCGAGAACUAUGUGCAGGCGCCGCGUAUCGUGCGCCAGAUAGACUGGGUGGACACCGUGUGGCCGCGUCACUUGAAAGACCAACAGACUGAAUCUACCAACGCGUUGGACGACAUGAUGUAUCCAAAAGUGCAGAAGUAUUGUCUCAUGUCGGUCAAGGGCUGCUACACUGAUUUCCACAUUGACUUCGGAGGCACUUCCGUAUGGUAUCACAUUCUCAGAGGCGCCAAAGUGUUCUGGCUCAUCCCGCCAACUGAGAAGAAUCUGCAGCUCUAUGAGAAGUGGGUGCUCUCUGGAAAACAAUCGGACGUAUUCUUCGGAGAUACGGUUGAGAAAUGCAUUCGCGUUCAUCUUCAAGCUGGCCACACAUUCUUCAUUCCGACCGGCUGGAUCCACGCGGUAUACACACCGAGUGACUCCCUGGUCUUCGGAGGCAACUUCCUGCAUCAGUUCGGCAUCGAGAAGCAGCUGAAAAUCGCACAGGUUGAAGACGUCACUAAGGUGCCGCAGAAGUUCCGCUACCCGUUCUUCACGGAGAUGCUGUGGUACGUGCUGGACCGCUACGUGAGCGCGCUGCUGGGCCGCUCGCACCUCGCGCCCGAGUGCGUCGCCGCGCCGCUCGCGCCGCCCAAGGACCACGCGCACCUCACGCAGAACGAGCUGCACGGACUCAAGGCCAUAGUGAUGUAUCUACAUCAGUUGCCUGCCGGUCGCAAGUCGGUGCCGGAGUUGUUAUCCGACCCCAUAGCGUUGGUAAAGGACGUGCGCACGUUGGUCGAACAGCACAGACAUGACAAACAACACUUGGCCGUGACGGGAAUACCUGUGCUUAAAGGUCCUGACGACGUGGUGUCUGGUGAGCGGCGGCAGUCGAGCGGCCGCGGCGGGCGCGGCGGGCUGCACCGCGCCGGCGCCGCGCGCGCCCGCCCCGACCACGCCAACCACGCGCCGCGCCGCAGGCGCACUAGAUGCAAGAAAUGCGAAGCGUGCCAGCGUACGGACUGCGGCGAGUGCGUGUUCUGCCACGACAUGGUGAAGUUCGGCGGACUCGGCCGCGCCAAGCAAACGUGCAUUAUGCGACAGUGUUUACAGCCUAUGUUACCGGUGACGGCGUCGUGCGCGGUGUGUCACCUGGACGGCUGGAUGCAGACGCCGGUCGCACCGCAGGCUAAGGGUAACUCUGGUCGCAACGGUCCGUCUUCGCUGCGCGAGUGUUCAGUUUGCUACAGCAUCGUGCAUCCUGCAUGCGUGCCGCCUGGAGGACAGAUCAACGAGGACCUGCCUAACUCGUGGGAGUGCCCCACAUGCACCACCAUGGGACUCAACCAUGAUUACAAGCCGCGGCACUUCCGAGCGCGUCAGAAGUCGUCGGACAUCAGGCGCAUGAGUGUAGGAUCAGAUGCCAGCCAGCUCAGCCAACAUCAUAAUAAUCAGAACAAAUUGGUUCCACCGGCACCUCCAGUCCCGUUGAAAUCGGAGGCCGGUUCAGACAAUGAAACCAAAAGCGAAGUACCACAUAUCAAGUCAGAGGAUGAAAUCAAGCGCGAGGAGGACGAUGGCGUGGCGGGCGUGGGCGGCGGCGCGGAGGCGUGGGAGCCUUCUGCCAAGAAACGCCGCGCCUCCGACGAGGACGAGGCGCCUAAGAAGCAGGCGCUGCGGUCACAUCUCGCGCUGCAGCUCACACACCACUCAUCCAAGGUCCUGAAGAAGCCGCUGUACCCGGUGCGGCCCGCCACCACGACGCCGCACGCGCCGCACCACGCGCACCACGCGCCGCACGCCGCCGGCUCCGCGGGCUCGCCCUGGCUCGACCGCGAGGCGAUGCUCUGCGUCUUCGCGAAACUCACGCCGCACGAGCUCGCCACCUGUGCGCUCGUGUGCAAGACCUGGGCUGAGUAUUCUAUGGAUCCAUCGCUGUGGCGCAGCAUGUCGUUCGUGCAGGUGCGGGUGUCGGCGGCGCAGCUGGCCGGCAUCGCGCGCCGACAGCCGCUCUCGCUCGGGCUCGAGUGGUGCCACCUCGCGCGACGACAACUUGCUUGGUUACUGGGCCGCCUCCCAGCGCUGCGGUCGCUGUCACUAGCGGGCUCACCCGCGGAGGCGGCGCUGGCGCUGCGGUCUUCGACGUGCCCACCGCUAACCGCGCUGGACCUGUCGUUCGCGCGGUGCCUGGACGACGCCAAGCUGCGCGGCAUCCUGGCGCCGCCGGAGAACUCUCGGCCCGGCGGCGGCGCGCGGUCCGGCGCCGAGCCCUCGCGCCUCGCCGCACUCGCCGUACUACGGCUGCCUGGCACAGAUAUCACCGACGUCGCCAUGCGAUACGUCGUACAGGCGCUGCCUAAGUUGGUUGAGCUCGACGCGUCGUCGUGUGCGCGGCUGACAGACGCGGGCGCGGCACAGCUGGCACAUCACACACUGCAGCGGCUGUCCCUAGCGGGCUGUCGACUGCUCACGGAGGCUGCGCUGGACCACCUCGCGCGGUGCCCCAACCUCGUUAGACUGGACCUUCGACACGUGCCGCUGGUGUCAACACAAGCGGUGAUCAAGUUCGCGGCCAAGUCCAAGCACAACUUGCACGUCAAGGAUGUGAAGCUUGUAGAGUUGCGGAAGACCUGAUCCGAGGAGGCCGACAGCGGUCGCGAAGAAAAAGACGCCCGAACCGGCCACGUAAACCGCCGCCGACUGGGAAUAGUGCUGUGUGUGUGUUGGCGCCAUUAUACGGUGACUUUACGGUACCACUGCGUUAGAAUGUGCUCUAAUGACAUCGGAACAGAGUCGUGUUUUAUUAUGACUUGGAUUUACUAACAAACCUGUCCGAGCCCAUAUGUACCGUGAAGACCCGAAUUCAAUAUUUGUGUUACUCGUUAUUUUACUGUCACAGUAUUAGGUAUAUUAAGACCCCCAGACAAGUGUUUUGUUUUGUGUACAGCCGGUACUUUCCCAUGUUAAUACCAAAAAAUAUUAUAGUGCCUUGCAAUGUAAAUUAAUGAACCAAAAAUGUUAAUUGUUUGGUUACAUUUCGCACAACAUAUCAAAUUUCGUCGCUAUGUGCCAACACACAGUUAGUGUAGAUAUUUGGAAAGACUUGCGUACCCUGGUACUAUUACUGAAGUGAUACGAUAAAUUAGAUAAAGUUAUUUUAGGGAAACGAUCAGCUAGAAUAUCGUGUGGAAAUUAAUCAAUUCGGUUCUAUAUUUUGGCUCGUUACCAGUGGUAGAGCUUUCUUGUAAUAUUACAAUACAGCACAUAUUUGAAUGCACAAUCAAAUAAAUAUAUACAAAGUUAUAUAUAUCUAAUUUUAUUGCAUGCUGUUAUGUUGAUGUUAUAUUCUAUUGUCAAGGCCUGAACACAAAAACAAUGAUCAUAUUCGUAAGAAAAAAAAUGUGAUACCUUUUUUAAAUUAAAAUCAAUAUCGAGAACAAGAGGCUUUUGUUGACUGAAAUUCUAAAAAUGUUGACGAAAUUUACGUUAUAAUAAUUGAAUUCUCGGGCUGUAGACAAGACGCCUUUCUGUAAUCGUUAACACUAAUAGAAAACAAAAAAAAAGUAUAUGGAAAUGAGAUAUCCUAUCGAUAUGUCCAUUGUUAGGAUAUGUCAUUCUCAUACAUAACCUUAGCGUUAACGAUUGUAAAAUGGCAUCUUGGUUGUGGCCCCUGAAACUGUAGUGUCAUUCAUGGUUCUUACGUUAUAAUGCUUAGUAUCGCCCUUUUGUCCAACAUAACUUAAAUACUUAUAAAUCAUAAAAGUUUAUUUUAUGAUAACUAUUACUUUAUUGCUUAUUUCUUUAUUAUUAAGAACUAUAAGCUCAAGUAAGCAACAAUUUCCAAAGAAAAUGCACCUUAUUUAUGCUCAAUUAAAAUUAUGAAUGAAACUACAGAUAUUGUCAAUAUACAUGUAACAUUUUAUUACUGCAAUACUUUGUAAAUAGCGAUUUAUUUAUGCCAAUAAAGUUAUAUUUUUAGUUCAUGACAAUUUGAAAUUGCUUAGGUUGUAUGUUUUAGUUCUAGUCGCUUUUAGUUAAGCCGAAUUAGUGAGUGGAAAUAUUCAUGAGAAUUGAACCUUAUCACAGUGACUUCGUGUAGUGUUGAACAAUGUGGUAAAAAUAGUGCACGUAUACAGGUUUCGUGAGCUGUCUUUUUGGCUGAAUGAAGCCGAGUGUUUGAGUUGUGACUGCAGAUAUCCCUGUGUGGAUAUGUUAUAAAACAAUACGUUUAAACCAUUGGCGUGGCGUGGGUUAAUGUCGCUCAUAAGCAACGAGCGGGAGCAAAAAAGAGAUUUCAGGAAAUGAGUGUCACGUGCUCCUCAGCUAGUGAUACAUACGACAAAAGUAAAUUUUCUUUGUUUACAUAUUUGCCGUUAAAUAUGCAGCCGGGGCAGGAGGUCCCCCCUCCCCAACUACAACGCCACUGGUUUAAUCGUAAAAUUAAUUCAUUAUCCGUGUUUCGAGUGGAAUCAAAGCCAAACGGUACAAUCAUCUCAAUCGAAAGCUAAUUGUAAAUUAUAAUUCACUGCAAACAAUAACAUGUAUUGUUUGCAGUGAACAUCACGUAGCAUGUAAGCGAACCGACUCUGGUCAUAGCAGGCGAGGUCGGGGGACCGCCUAUAGUGUUAGAUUAGAAGUGACCUAAGAUUUGUGUCUACUUAUGAGCCACGGAAGUGCCAAGUGUUUGUACUUAUAUGGGCACUUCUUGAGAUGAGACGCAUUCCGAUGCGGACUGUACAUUGUUAAUUUAAGUCGUUAGUGACAUUUAUACUUGAACGGUAAGCUCCUAAUUAUAACAUUGAGCUAGUUGCUAAGAAUUGUGUGCCUCUGUGUAUAGACAAUUAGUUAUAGAUAAAUAAUAGUCUAUUGAAUACACAAGGAUACAGAAGUUAAUGUUAUGCCUACAGUUUUAUCAAUGCUGCAUAUUUACAAAUCAGAACUAAGGUAUAAAAAAAUGACUUUUGGAAAUUUAUAGUAACGGUUUGUUGUUAUUCGGCAUUGAAAUGAAACUUAUAUUUGGAUUUAAGCAAAAUUGCAGAAUAAUGAUUUUAUUACUGAUAAACUUUAUAAAAAUAGAUCCUAGAUAUUACAUAGUUUUUAACCGGCCUCCAUGCGAGAACCAAUCUGAAGUUUGUUGUCGCGUCGCGGAGGCGGCCGACGGCGCGGCCCCAUACAGCCAGUGGCUCAUUACGAAUAGAUAUUACGAGAAUUUGACGCGGUGUCGCGUAAUUGUAUCAUUGGUUACCAAUAAGCACUCAUAGUAAUUGAAAUAAAAUAUUUACAAUGAAUA